AUGGCCAAGAAGGACGAGGAGAAGACCGAUGUUGAUGUCGACGAAGAGGCCAAGGAAGAGCUGGCCAAAGCCGAAGCGAUCGACGACGACGACGACGAUGAGAGCGAGACGAUGGAGGAAGACACGGGUCUCACGGAGAACCAAAACCGUCUCUUGUACAUGAUCUCGCUCUACAGCAAGCCGGCAGUUCUCGCGACGGACAAGGAAGAGUGGAUCCGCAAGCCCGCGCUUCUCGUGCUGUUGUACGAAGCCAUUGUCUCCAAGGCGCUCGACUACGACUACGCGCCAGCGUCCGAGCUCGUCGAGAGCAAGCGCAAGUACUUCAACAUCUCCCAAGAAGGCAAGUCGGACAUUGAUUUUCUGCGCGAAGAAGAGCUCUUGAAUGGUCUCAAGCUCUCGUCCAAGACGUACCAGCCCGUGACGUGCUACCAAAUCUCGGAAAAAGGCCUCGAGCUCAUCGCCAAGCUCGGCCGCGCAGACAAAUCGCCCGUCCACGAGAUGGCAUAUGCCCCCGGCACUCGCAACCUCCUGCGCGUCGAGUGGGACGGGGACGAGUACUGGCUCAACGACGACGUCAGCGGAUACCGACGCGUCUCGUCGGUGACGGAAACCGAGGACGUCUCGUACGUCUCCUCGGCGUAUGUGCCCCAGUGCUUGCGCCGCGGCGGCCGCCCCACGCUCAGUAACGCCCAUCGCGCGCACGAGUGUGGCUUGAGCGACUCGAGCAUUCGCGACCAACUGGACGAGAUCAUCACGUUAAACUCGGUUUCGCUCAUUGUCGCAGAGUUUAUCCCAUUUGGCGCCAACCAAGUCGUGCAGCUCAACUGCAAUCUCGGGUCGACCGAGCGCGUUCAGGGGGGCUUCUUUACCGCCGUCGUCGACACCGAGUCGACCGGCACGCAAAUCAGCGUCGACCCGGGCUUGACGUCCGUCAAUGUGCUCGACUACUCGCUGACAAACCACGUCAACUUUGAAGCCGACAUUCAUUUCCCCGAGCCACCGGGCAUUGUACAAGUCGAGACGUUUGGGUGCUCGCUCACCGCGUCGGGCUCGUGCUUUUACGGCAUGCAGGUUGAAGCUAUCAUGGAUCGCAUCAAAGACAACAUUUCGCUGGACCAUCUCUCGCGCUUGCUCGUCGACGUGCAGCAAGAUUCGUCCAAGAUCGUCGACUCGGUUCUCUCGGCGUACCAGCGCAGCCUCCUCGAGCUCAUCUUUAUGAACGAAGCGGCGCACCGUGACAAGAUCAACCUCAUUAUCGCGAAUGAGAUCACACCGCAUUUGACGGCGGAAGAGUACAUGGACAAGGGCGAGUACGAAAAUGAGCUCAAGCAGGUCAUUGGGGACACCCGCGCAGCCUAUGACAUUAGCGAACACGACACGCUCAUCUUUGGUGCGUACGGGCUCCUCAUUGCAGGUCCCAACUCGCGCCAUCACGAGCCGCUUCUGUGCUCGUUCCUCGAGUACGAGAGCAUGAACCUCUUUACGCAAAACUUUUUUGCGCGCAUGUUUAUCGUCGUCGACGACAUGAAGACAGUCCGUGGAAUGCUCGAAGUCGCAGACCGCGACCCGAAUCGGCUCACCGAGAUUCGCAACCGGCUCGCGGUUCUCUCGAAACAAGUGAUUUUGCUGGAAGAAACCCUUGGCUUUUUGCGCGAGUCGCUCGACGAAGCUGAGAUUCCAUCCGAGCCGCCCGAGCAGGCCGGCCGGAGCUUGUACGAGCGCCUCCAACUGGGCAGUCUCUCAGCCCAGCUCAAGCGCCGCGUCAAGGACCUCGAGAAAAACAUGCUUGGCGCGCGCCAUGAGCUCGACGUGCUCAAUGAAAUGAGCGCCAUUUGCAGCGAGGAGAAAAUAUUCAAGCAGCACGAAGCCAUUCGAUAUCACAUGCGGUCGCUGUGCGAGCUCCAGGCCAUCAACGAGCGGUCCGCGACGACGCUGCAGCUCAUUCAAGUGAUCCUCUCGGGCACGCUUGCGUUCGAUAUUUUAGAUCGACUCACGGGCGACUGGACGCUCCAAGGCCAAGCGUGGGCGCUCUCGUUUCUCAAUCCGCUCGUGUUUCAGUCGCCCGGUCUCUGGUUUGUGCUCAGUCUUCUCUUUUGGGCGGGCGUUGCCGGCCUCUUGCUUUAUGCGCUCAAGGCGUUCACGUACCGGUCCCAAGGCGUCGUCUCGAUCCGCAUGACGCGCCAAGUGCCCAUCGACAUGAAGAACCUUGCGACGUUCCUUCGCACCAAAAACAUCUCGGACGAAUCGCACAACUAUGACGGCAACAUCCGCAUUGCCAAGGUGGUGUGGAAUGAAAAGUUCAAAAAGGAGUGGGGCGGAUCCGUGCCUACCGUGCAGCUCGAGUACGACGAGCAGAAUGCGUUCAUGCUCCAAAUCUCAAUAUCGUACCGCCGCCGACAAGCCAACAAGCAACUGGCGUUCAACGCCGACGAACUGUACACACGACUCAUGCAGGAGCUCGAUACGGCCAAGAUCUUUGUGCGACUCGAGAGCGAGGCCGCGCUGCCAUCCGCGAAAACAGCAGCAUAG